UUCGGCGAGACUGUAAUUCACUCGCGACGGGGGUGUGGUUUCUGACAUCACUCGUAUUAAUACACUACAGCACUGGGGCUUUGAGGUCGGACUUAGCCACGCAUUUUCUGCAAAGGCGAUACAGACUUCCAUCGCAACGUUUUAUCUUAAAACGAAAUUAUUUUUGAUGGUCACAAACCGAAGCCUUUUGAUCUAGCUAACUGGAUUGUCGACCUUAUGCGCAAAGAACACACUGCUUUCUGUGGUGAGACAUUUUGAGGCAGUGUGACCUGCGCACAUGGACUGUGUGAAAAGGAAGUGGUAGGAAAGUACUUGUCUGUCUUCAGUGGAUUUACGUGGUUAGGUGCAGGUAUCCUGUGGCAACACCUGUGACUGAAGUGAGGAUUCUUGACAAAUUGCCAUUGCCAUCUGUGGAACGGUGCCAUCUCUGCAGAAUUUCGGGACGUUCAGCAGCUGCUGUCGGUCAGGUAGACCCAAAACGUUGCCAGCUCCCUCUCGCUACGGCACAAACUCUCAAGUGCUCUGUUCUGAUCAUUUGCAGUCGCCAUCUUUGUCUGUCUGUUUUUUUUUUUUAAACGCAGUCUGUACGUGGGUUGUGUACAUUUACAUUUAGAGUCUGAGCACAAGGGGAAGUGGAGUAUCACCAGUUCACCGAAUAAAAGUAAAUCUGAGUCCUUCUCUCUUCGUGUAUGGUUCAGUUGUGGACUUUCGACGUGGUAGGUGAAUGUAGGCUGUCCUGCAGGAAAAUAUUAAUGGGCUGUCGGAGAGCGAGUCGCUAAGUUUUAUACGGACGAUAAAAGCACAGAUCCUGCGCAGCCUUGAAACUCAUGAGAUCCCCAGACCAUGGGCUCCGACGGCUUCCAGUACCGCGCGCUGUUUGAGUACAAGCGGGAGCGAGGGGACGACAUUUCGCUGGAGCCCGGCGACGUCCUGACCGUGGGCAGGGCGUCCCUCCUCUCGGCGGCCGACCGCCAGGACGGGGACGAGCGGAGCCCCAAGGGCUGGCUGCACGGGACCAACGAGAGGACCAAAGAGAAGGGGGACUUCCCCGGGACGUACGUGGAGUACGUGGGGCCGGUGCGGGUCGGCCUGCCCGCGGCGAAGUCGUGGCCCAGGCCGGUGCCACCAACCCCGGGAGGGUCUCAGACGCCUGGGGGUACCCCUGCCGGAGGUUCCUCUGGGCAGGUGGAUUUCCCCGAAGCGCCGCCCCUUCCGGACCUGGCCCCCUCUGUGGUUCAGAGGCUCACUGAGGCGUUGGAGAGACAAGGACUGGAGAGCGACUGUCUCUACAGGACGGCCUCGGGCGUCUCAGGGCCCCUGGAGCUUCGACAGGCCCUGGACACAGACCCGUCAUCGGUGGACCUGGAUCAGUAUGAUGUCAGCGCCUUGGCCGACACCCUGAGAGCCUAUCUGCAGGACCUCCCCUCCCCCAUCGUCCCAGCGGGCAUCUACAGCGAGCUGGUCUACACAGCCCAAGAGACCCAGAGCAUCGAGGAGUGUGGCCAGCAACUGAAGAGAAUUUUGGAGUCUCCCAGUAUUCCGCAGCCCAACCACCAGCUCCUGCUGCAUCUCACUCGACACCUGUGCAGAGUGUCCCAGAGCGGGGCGCAGAGUCAGGCGAGCCCCAGGCUGCUUGGCCAGGCCUUCAGUGACGUGCUCUUUAAACACUCCCUCUCCAGUGCGGACGUGAACCCCGAGCACCACGUCAAGAUCGUCGAGGCCUUGAUCGUGGCUGGAGGCCUGGUGGACACGCAGGCAGCACCAGCUCUCCCUCCCAAACCGGCCAAGCCCAUGACCCCCGUCAGCAGCAACGGCAUCAAGGAGACGGGCGCCAGCUCGCUGCAGGAAGCAGAGUGGUACUGGGGAGACAUCUCCAGGGAGGAGGUGAACGACAAGCUUCGCGACAUGCCCGACGGAACCUUCCUGGUGCGGGACGCCUCCACCAAGAUGCAGGGGGACUACACGCUGACCCUGAGGAAAGGCGGCAACAACAAGCUGAUCAAGAUCUACCACCGGGACGGCAAGUACGGCUUCUCGGACCCGCUCACCUUCGGCUCGGUGGUGGAGCUCAUCAGCCACUACCGGCACGAGUCGCUGGCCCAGUACAACCCCAAGCUGGACGUCAAGCUCAUGUACCCCAUCUCCCGCUACCAGCAGGAUCAGCUGGUGAAGGAGGACAACAUCGACGCCGUCGGGAAGAAACUCCAGGAGUACCACAAUCAAUAUCAGGACAAGAGCAAGGAGUACGACCGUCUGUACGAGGAGUACACCAAGACCUCGCAGGAGAUCCAGAUGAAGAGGACGGCCAUCGAGGCCUUCAACGAGACCAUCAAGAUCUUCGAGGAGCAGUGCCACACCCAGGAGCGCUACAGCAAGGAGUACAUCGAGCGCUUCCGCCGCGAGGGCAACGACAAGGAGAUCGAGAGGAUCAUGAUGAACUACGAGAAGCUCAAGUCCCGCCUGGGGGAGAUCCACGACAGCAAGACCCGGCUGGAGCAGGACCUGAAGACGCAGGCGCUGGACAACCGGGAGACGGACAAGAAGAUGAACAGCCUGAAGCCUGACCUCAUCCAGCUGCGCAAGAUCAGGGACCAGUACCUUGUCUGGCUCAAUCACAAAGGCGUGCGUCAGAAACGAAUUAACGACUGGCUCGGAAUCAAGAACGAAAACGCUGAUGAGGCCUACUUCGUGAACGAGGAGGACGAGAGCCUGCCGCACUACGACGAGAAGAGCUGGUUCGUGGGCGACCUGAACCGCACGCAGUCCGAGGACCUGCUGCUGGGCAAGCCGGACGGGGCCUUCCUGAUCCGCGAGAGCAGCAAGAAGGGCUGCUACGCCUGCUCCGUGGUGGUGGACGGCGAGGUGAAGCACUGCGUGAUCUACAGCACGGCGCGCGGCUACGGCUUCGCCGAGCCCUACAACCUGUACAGCACUCUGAAAGACCUGGUCCUGCACUACCAGCACACGUCGCUGGUCCAGCACAACGACUCCCUCAACGUGCGGCUGGCCUACCCUGUGUAUGCACAGAUGCCCUCGCUCCGCAGAUGAGCCCCCCCCCCCCCCACACUCACACCCGGGAGGGGGGUCCAACAAACAAACAAACAAACAAAACAAACGAAAAUAAACAAACAAACACUUGCUGCAACACAACACGUCAGCCACCUUGGAGUUAUAUAUAUUUUUACUAGAACAAUUCGAGGGCAUUCUUUCUAAAGACUGCUUGAUUUGCACAAGGAAGUUGAAACAUUUUGUGAAUGUGAAACGGACGGAACGGACGGGCCGAGUUUCGGGUGACCCGCUGCUACCUAAACUCCAGCCGGGACUUUUUAACGCUAACCUUUUAUCUUCGGCUUUAUUUCCUUUCAUCACCUUUAUUUUUUUGUUUUUUUUUAAAUUUUGUUCCUUUUCUUUGUUCGCUUCUUUUUGUCAGCUUGAAUGCGAGGGAAGAAAAAGCAGUAAUGUUUCGGGAUGGGUUUUUUUUUUUUUUCCAUUCCCUCUCCAUGUUAAAAGCAAAAACUUAUGUAGCAUAGAGGCGACCGACACUUUUCCGGAUGUCUCUUAUCAUUGCGAUGGCAGCCGAGCAGAGGGGAGGUGCAGUAGAAAAAUGUUUGUAGUCUUAAAGAAAAGCUUGCUUUUAUACUAACCGUAGGGAAGGAGAUUUGUUUCUUGGCUUCACUUGGCUGGACUCUCAAAGCUGGCUAAUUUUCCUAUUAAAAGCAGUCCAGUGCAGAGACCAAAGUUAGCAUGGGAGAAACUCCACUGAACUUUUAACUGAAAGAAGAAGCAGAUUAAUUAAUGCCAGUGCUUUGUUUAGUACCACACAUAAAAUGGAGUUUGGGCGGGUGCUGACACACUUAAAGCUCUUUAAAAUGUAUUGUUAACCAAAUUGUACACGCAGAAAAUUUGAAAGCACUUAUUUAAAAGGCGUCUGCAGCUGCACAUUUCUACACCAAAAUUUUAGAACACGGACUUUAAAAGGAAAACUGAAACCCUUUUUAUGUGUGGCUUAAAAAAUAUAAUAUGUUAUGUGCUCAUGUUUGUUCGAAAAGGAAAGAAGAAGAAAAAAAAAAAACAAGCAACUUGGAUUUUUGUAUUCUUUAUAGAACCUACGAAAAAUAAGCUUUGAAAUAUGUAACUGAAGCAGGAACAAUGGUUCAGAGUUGAGAAGAGACAUGCUUUAGAAGAUGAAAACUUGAAGAAAGUGCAAUCCAACAUGUAUUAUUAGUAGGGUAGGAGUCUACUGGAGAGAGCUGCACUAACCCUGCCCAGUGGCACCGAUGAGAUAAUCAAAGGCACAGUGAACCUUUGAAAGAAAGAUUUUUUUUUUAUACUGCUCCUAUUUAUAUCGCUGCUUGACUUUAUAACCGGUUGAAAAGCAUUUUUGUUGGAAGGUUUUAACGGUGGCUGCCUGUUUUGUUUUAAGUCUCGAAACAAUAAAAGGAAUAAAACAAAAAUGACCGCAGGCAAAAAUAAAAAAAUGGCCGUGUAUGCAGUGACUUGACUUCCUUAAACAAAACCUUGCUGUUUUCCUAUUGGCUGUGGUGCUUGCACAUCGUCAUACCUGAGUGUAUACGUGGUGAUCCUCCAAUCAGCAGUCUAUGUGAGGAGCCACUCGUACUAGUCUUACCCCCCCGCCUGCUUGGGAGUCCGCACUCCUCUUUAAAGGCCUCGUGGACAGGAGAGGCCUGUGGAGCAGCAGGGCCAUUGGUUUCAAUGGGCACAGAGCAGCAGUGGUAUUUGGGGUGGGCUAGGCGCCUUGCUUGUGGAGCCUCUUCUACUCUCUUGCAUAUCCGUAUACCUGAGAUGGAUGCGUUUGGCUGUUCUUAAAAAAAAAAGUCGCCAGUGUGUACUGAUGUCCCAAAUUUAAGAGUUGGAGAUUUGGAGUUGGAAAAAACCUCCAUAGGACCUCCUGAGAACAGAAAUACCAAACUGAUUAAUAAUUGAUAAUGAUUGAUUAGCUUUUUUUCUUGCAAGAUUGCAGGCAUCCGAUAUUAAAAGUGUAAUGACCUUUAAAAUGCAGGCUUCCUGUGAAUGCGCUCUCUGCUCGGCCUCUCUCACAGGCCUUUGUGCUGCAUCUGAAAGGCCACACCCCAGCACAGCCUGA